AUGACGGGCCCCGACGGCAAGGAUGGUGGUGCCAACCUUCCCCGCAGUCACACUUCGAAGCGUUUUGGUCCCGAUAGCUCCCAUGGCCGUUCGAAUCCCUUCAACGCAAUAUCCCCUCUAUCCGGUGGCGUCGCAUCCCCCUCCACGAAUGCCUCGUCCGCGUUUGGCUUAGGUUCCGGCGCUUUCGCCUCGUUCGGUGCUCCCAAGACUCCCGGCGCUUCCUCCGACACCGGCUCCUCGAAGGCUCCCGGCGACAAACGAGACAUCAACACCACUGAACAGGCUGUGGCAGAGAGCCAGAGGGCCAGGGGUUUUGGUGCCGGCGCCAAAGGGCAUCCCUUGAAGUCGACUUGGGUGAUCUGGUAUCGCCCCCCUACACCGAAAUACUCCGACUACGAAAAAUCCACCAUCCCCCUCGCAUCUAUCUCGUCCGUGGAAAGCUUUUGGUCGGUAUACGCCCACCUCAAGCGACCCUCUCUUCUCCCUACCGUCUCCGACUACCACAUCUUCAAGAAAGGCAUUCGUCCAGUAUGGGAGGACGAUGCAAAUAAGAAAGGCGGCAAGUGGAUUGUACGGUUGAAGAAGGGUGUGGCUGAUCGGUACUGGGAGGAUCUCUUAUUGGCUAUCGUUGGCGACCAGUUUGCAGAGGCAGCCGACGAGGUUUGCGGUGCCGUUCUCAGUGUGCGGAGCGGCGAGGAUGUUCUGAGUGUCUGGACCAGGAUUGACGGAGGGCGGAACAUUAAGAUUAGGGAAACGAUCAAACGUUUGCUUGCCUUCCCGGCCGACACCAAUAUCAUAUGGAAGAGCCAUGACGAUAGCAUUGCUCAACGCUCAGCGAUUGACCAGGCUCGCCAAGAGAAAGCCAACCAUCAUCACCAGCAUCACCACAACAACCACCAUCAACACCUUGGAGCCGAUCGACGGAGAACGACAGCCAAUGACGAAUCUACUGGGGAUAAAUGA